UCUAUUUUAGUCCACCUAAAUGUUUAGUAUCGACCCAUUUCAUUUUUGAUGUUAUUUGCGAGCAAAAUGAACGAUUCUUGCCAAAGCGGUUGACACCCUGCAAUCGACAGCGCGUUGUUAUGUCCAAUAUAUUCAACCAAGUUGACCGGAAGUUGAAUAAUAUCACUUUAGAAUAUUUACAAAUAAGAACCCUUUAAACAUCAAAAUGAGGAAUCGAUACACAAUUAGUUGUUCAUUGUCUUUAGCAAGUAGGUCAUUCGUUGUUCUUUCGCUUUCACCUCGUAAUUUGAGUGAAGUGUCGAGUUUGUCCACCGUUCACCUUUAGUUUGAAAUCCAAAACAGGAUAAACCAGUUGUGGGUUUAUCGAAAUUGACGUGGAGCUGAGAAUCCGGAAGGCAAACAACGAGCUGGGAUUUGAACGUUCUUACGUGUCACUCACGGAGUUCAAGCUACUGUGGAUGUCUCCCUAAAUAAAAACAAAAAAGAAGAGAGAGACUCGUGGGACAGGUCGCCAGCAGAGUGGUCAUUGAUGAGCCCCGGUUGCCACGGUAACGGUAGCUGAAGACGUCGGCGAGCAUGAAGGCUUUGAUCCUAGUGGGCGGCUACGGCACCCGCCUGCGACCGCUCACUUUGAGCGUGCCCAAGCCGCUCGUGGAGUUCUGCAACAAGCCCAUCCUGCUGCACCAGGUGGAGGCCUUGGUUAAGGCCGGGGUGAAGCACGUGGUCUUGGCGGUGAGCUACAUGUCUGAGCUGCUGGAGCGAGAAAUGAGAAUCCAGGAGCAGAGACUUGGAAUUCGUAUCUCGCUCUCACACGAGAAGGAGCCUCUCGGAACUGCGGGUCCUCUGGCGCUGGCCCGUAAGCUGCUGGACAUUGACAACGAGCCCUUCUUCGUACUCAACUCGGACGUCAUUUGUGACUUUCCCUUCCAAGAUAUGCUGAAGUUUCACUGCGACCAUGGCAAGGAGGGCACCAUUGUGGUGACUCGCGUGGAGGAGCCCUCCAAGUACGGCGUGGUGGUGUUCGAGGCGGAGAGCGGCAGGAUUCAUCGCUUUGUGGAGAAGCCGCAGGUGUUUGUGUCCAACAAGAUCAACGCGGGCAUGUACAUCUUCAAUUCCAGCAUGCUUGACAGGAUCCAGUUGAGACCGACGUCCAUAGAGAAAGAGAUUUUCCCUGUCAUGGCUGAAGAGGGACAGCUGUACGCCAUGGAGUUACAGGGUUUCUGGAUGGACAUCGGUCAGCCCAAGGACUUCCUCACGGGAAUGUGCAUGUACCUGCAGUCGCUACGGCAACAGGCCCCUGAGAAGCUGCGCACCGGCCCCGGUUUUCUCGGCAACGUUCUGGUGGACCCGACGGCCCGGAUCGGCGAGAACUGCACCAUCGGGCCUAACGUGACCAUCGGUGCCGGCGUGGUGGUGGAGGACGGCGUGCGGGUCAAGCGCUGCACGGUUCUGAAGGGGGCGCGAGUACGCUCGCACUCCUGGUUGGAGAGCUGCAUCGUGGGCUGGAGCUCCUCCGUGGGCCAGUGGGUCCGCAUGGAGAACGUGACGGUCCUGGGCGAGGACGUGCUGGUCAACGACGAGCUCUACCUGAACGGCGCCAACGUCCUGCCGCACAAGUCCAUCAGCGAGUCGGUUCCGGAACCGCGUAUCAUCAUGUAGACCCUAAAACCCCACCGGCUUCUUCUGUGAACUCCACUAAACGGCCAAACUGUCCCAGAGAGUCCAAAGUCUUUGGAGGAAAGACCACCCAAACCUUUUGGGGGGUGACGGGAGGGAGACUUAAGCUCUGCUUGACUGCACCUUCAAUGAUUGACCAAGGCUGAUGUCAUGUGAUGGAGGUGGCAGGAAGGAGCUGCAUGAGGACCACACUUCAUCUCCACUGAGCAAUGCUCAAAUUGGCCACUGGAGGGCAGCAGAGUAACCGCUACACCGGAACCUCCGAAGACCAACGCAGUCAUCUCCCAUUUGUUCAACUUUCACAGAAAUGAUUUGCUCUGUGGGUAACAUUUGAACAUACAAGUGUAAACAGGAAGUCACCCGCUGUUAAUAGUAAAACACUCGCCCUUAACUGUGAUAACAAGCGAGGAAGCGUACGCACGAACGGUGACGCUGAAGUCUUCAUGUUUCCAUGUCAUAACUUCCCGUGUGUCUUCGCCGCUGCUUCGAUGGCACAUAAGGAAGGCUCGGUACAAACGUCAGGACUUUUCAAAUCUUAAAAGGUUGUUAUUUAUCUGUGACAGACCCCACACAUGACGAAAAAAAUCUGGCAUUGAACACUUUCGGUCGUGUCGUGUGCUCCGAUAAUCUCAACAAACUACAACGCCGCACACAUCAAGAUUCUGCUGCCCUGCCGAUGUGGAAAUAUCGCGUGAUCACACGUGAUCUCACAAAACGCACACACACAGACUUUCUGUUGUAAAUAUUGACCACGUCGCUUAUUUCAGAUUGUCAGCCCCGACCUGUUUUGGACCCUAAAAUCGGGACGACUCCGCUCUUAACACACGUCAGACCGAAGUGCAAUCAUGCGGGCUCAUCGUAUGAGAUUGUCUGGCGUUUGACGUGCUUGGCCGAUUGUCUGUGCGUGCACCGGACGGUACUUCGCGUACGGUCUCGGGUGACUGCGUUGACGACGGCACGUGACUUCCUGGCGUCUGCACUGCGGUAACUUCCCGUGUGUCGUCUUCAUCGCUGCUUUGACAUCGCCUGGCUUCCUGCGUAUCUUCUUCACCGCCCCUGUGGUUUCACCUAACUUCCCGUGUGUCUUCCUUUUUCCCUCACCUUCUUCUUAUCAAAGGCUCACAGAGCCUGAAAUCAAAGAUCCAGAUCCGGUUCAGACACCGAAACUGAGUGACAGACUUGGACGCUGGUCGAUCAACUUACUGACUUCGUUUAUGUCCUGUGUCGUCGUCUUCUCGUUGCUGAAUUUUCUUUUGGAAUAAGUGUCGCAAAUACAAAUCCCUAAAGAAACACCUGCUUAGUUAAUCCUUUGUUGCUCACUGAACUGAGGUCUUGUGUGACAUCAUGCUGGUUUUAAUGCUCCCGGAAACUUGGGAAUUCCUUGACUUUGAUUGUUGGACUUUACAGUUUGCACUGUAGUAGGGUUCUGUGAAGAACAAAGUACUAAUUAGCAUAGUCGAUCGUGUCAAUUAAUCACUGUUAAUUACACAUUCGGCAUGCUAAAACUGUCGAUUGAAGUUGUACAGUCACAAUUUAAAAAAAAUAAAUCAAUAAACAAUUGAAGCUAUUUUAAAUGUGACCUGAAGGUGGUGCUAGAGUUAAAGGAGCCUUUUUUUUUUCUGUCGAUAUAAUUUGCAGGAAGGAAAUUUUACGUUGUUUCCCUUUCUAAACAUUGAUGAAAUGUGAUCCAAUCAACACGCGAUAUGAUUUGUGAGGUCAUAUUGGCUGCUCGUUCUGCACUCAAAAAAUCAAAAAAUCAAAUGUACUCGAAGAAGCAUACUUUCCCAUUUGGUGUAUUAUGUUCGUAAGAGUUGAUGAAUGUGAUGCGGAGGUUGCGCAGAGAUUAAAUGCGUAUCAAACCUUUUCAAUUGAAUGAACGAGAAUAUAAAAUUAUGUGGGCCAUUUAUUCAUUAAAAUGUAGAAAAAUAUUUAAAUGUUGAAUAUUGAGCCCAUGAAUCGUUUGCCUGAUUUCAAAAUGUAAUGACUUUAAAUUCUGAUUCAUUUCUUAAAAUUUUUAUUUUGCUUUACUGUUCUCUGCAUAAAAAGGCAAUCAUA